AUGAGUAGAAUACCAUAUGCUAGUGCAGUGGGAGCUAUCAUGUAUACCAUGACAUGUACACGUCCUGAUGUCGCAUAUGCGCUAGGAGUAGCCAGUCGAUAUCAGGCAAAUCCCGGUGAGGAACAUUGGAAGGUGGUUAAAUCCAUUCUUAAAUAUUUAAGAAGAACCAAAGACCAAUUCCUCAUCUAUGGAGAUUCUGAACUUAUACCAAAAGGGUUCACUGAUGCAAGUUUUGCCUCAGAUAAAGAUGAUAGCAAAUCUACUUCAGGUUAUGUUUUCACCUUAAAUGGUGGUGCAGUGAGUUGGAAAAGUUCCAAACAAGCUACUGUAGCUGAUUCAACGACUGAAGCUGAGUAUAUAGCAGCAAGUGAGGCUGCUAAAGAAGCUGUGUGGAUGAAGAAGUUCAUAAACGAGCUUGGUGUGGUACCUUCAAUUAAAGAACCACUUCCGUUACUGUGUGACAAUAAUGGAGCAAUUGCACAAGCAAAAGAGCCAAGAUCACAUCAAAAAUCUAAGCAUAUCUUGAGAAGGUAUCAUUUGAUAAGAGAGAUCGUUGAACGUGGAGACGUUGAAAUUCAAAAGGUUGCUGGGAAGGAUAAUGCAGCAGACCCAUUCACUAAGGCGCUUGGAUCAAAAGAGUUUGAUAAGCACAUGUGGGAAUUGGGAUUGAAAUAUAUGACUGAUUGGCUCUAG